UUUGCCUUCUCGCUCUCGUGGACGUGUUACGGCCAUAUUGUAAGUAAAAUAUUAGAUACCUUUUAUUUUUAUUUGGAAAACUCAAAAAAUGCAAUUUCCAGAUGCUAUGAUGCAUGAAAACAUAUGGUUUGACCGUCCUAAAUACGAGGAAGAAAGAGAGCACUAUGAGCUAUUCUUGACAAAUAACUUAUCUUCUAAACUAGCUGAAACUCACUGUAAAGAGAGUAAAACAACUUUAAAUGCUGUUGAAUCCAAAAAGGCAACAAGUGGCUCACUUUUGUCCAGUGAAAUUGCUAAAGCAAGGGACUCAAUAAAGCAAUCCCUGGCAGAGACUGGUUCAUCAAGUAUAAGCAGUUUAGAAAGUGAAAAUAAAGCAAUGCAAAAAACAAUAACAGAGUUAGUGGCAAAGGUGGCUGCACUUGAAUCCCGUGUGACCAAGCUAGAGCAAGCUGCUCAUGGUACCACUACUGAGACCGCAGCAGAAAAAGUACAGAAGGCUAAAAAAGAUGAUGAUGACAUAGACUUAUUUGGUAGUGAAGGAAGUGGCGAUGAAGAGGAAGAUGAGGCAGAAAAAAAGCGCAAAGAAGAACUCCUUGCAAAAUAUAAUGCUAAAAAGGCUUCAAAACCAGCUCUAAUAGCUAAAUCGUCAAUUCUGAUAGAUGUCAAACCUUGGGAUGAUGAAACAGAUAUGGCUUUAAUGGAACAAAAAGUGAGAAGCAUAGAAAUGGAUGGCUUACUAUGGGGUGCAUCUAAACUCAUUCCUUUAGCAUAUGGCAUUAAAAAACUACAAAUUUUGUGUGUUGUUGAAGAUGAUAAAGUGGGAACUGACAUACUAGAAGAAGAAAUCACAAAGUUUGACGAUUUGGUGCAAAGUGUUGAUAUCGCAUCUUUUAACAAAAUUUAAUUGGCUCACCACUUUUGCUUCUCUAAUAAAUAUAAUUGUCAAUGUUA